AUGCAGCUGAGAUGGUCUUCAGUCCUGAUGUUUCUGUUCUCGUGCCACGCCGCAUGUUCCUGGAAUGUGUCCCUAAAAUGCAAGCAGGACACAAACGUGUUUCUGAAGGAGUUAGAGAAGGAGACACCAAGCAAAUAUGCAGUACUGAUGUAUGAUGCGUUUGGUAAGAUGGGCAGUGAUGUGGAGGGAGGGAAUGUGAACCGUCCUGGAUCUCUCAGAGAGUGUUUGUCUGUGGAGGGUCCGGACUUCAUGGGUCAGUACUGUCAGGUGUUCCUCAAACAGGACAGGCUGGAGUAUUUUGUGGGUAUUUGUGUGCCGGAUUCCUGUGAGGAUUCUGAGGUUCAGACACUUGUGAUUUAUGAGGCGUUUGAGCAGGGACGAAUCUCUCUGCUUCCUCCUGUGCCUUCAGUUUUAAUGUCUAAUUCCACAUUGGGCAUCUUUAUGACUCAGUGCUUUAGUGACUUGUCCCGUUCUGAUCCUUCUGCUGUGGCCUGUUUGUUUGUGUGUGCUGUGUUGUUGACUCUUCCUCUCGUAGCUUCCAUUUGUGUGGCUUUAAUGAAAAUGAAGAGGCGAAGAGAAGUGAAACCAGAGGUGGGACUUGCCCUCACCUCAAACACCAACCAAUACGGAGCCAUCUUGGCUAACGGCUCAGCCAAUCAUAAUAAAGAAUAUGGUGCCGCCCUGGAAAACACAGAGACCAGGGAUCAAAAUGCAGAAAAUAAGAGACAUGGCAUCGCUAAGACUCUGUUGUUGUGUCUGCAGUCUCUGUCUGUACAGAAGAGCAGUGAGGGGAUUCUGACCACAGAAGGUUCUAGAAACAGUCAUUCCUCUCUAAACGGCAUCCGUAUCCUCAGUUUGCUCUGGAUCAUCUCAGGACACACCGUGCAGCUCAGUGCCUGGAGCAAUCUGGAUAAUGGCAGGCGAUGGAAGGAGAUGGUAGAGAAGAACCCUCUGUAUGUGUUGGCCUUCAGUGGGCCGGUGUACCUGGCUGUGGACUCUUUUCUGUUGCUGGGUGGUCUCCUGAGUGCUAAAUCCCUGCUGAACUCCAUUCAGAGAUCAGAAAACACUCUCAGCUCCAGACUGGUGGCUCAUUUCCUCUUCAAGAGAUACAAAAGGAUUCAACCUCUCCAUCUCUUCAUCGUGUGCCUGACCAUUGGGUUGUUCUCUGUCGUCCAGAGAGGAGUCUUCUGGUUUAUAGCUGAGGAUGAAAUCUUCAACUGUAAGAAAUACUGGUGGUCGAACCUGCUGCUUAUCAACAACCUCUUCACUAUAACAGACAUUUGUGCACCCUGGACGUGGUAUCUGUCUCUAGACUUUCAAUUCUACGCAACAACGCCACUUCUGAUUUUACUCUAUAGAGUGAACAAAAGUGCACUUAUCGUUGUGUCAAUAGUUCUCCUGAUGAUUUCAAGUACAACCGGGGCCCUUAUUACCAGUUUUCUGCGUCUCCCCGUCCACCAGCCCACAACACUUGCAUAUGAGAGCUACUUUCAGUAUUAUUACAACAAGCCCUACACAAGAUAUGGGCCAUAUUUACUGGGUAUUCUUGCUGGAAUUUACAUGACAACCAAGAAAGAGGCACUUAUAAAAAAGCAGUGGCAGGCAGUCAUAGGUUGGUUCUUCUCCCUGUCAAUCAUGGCUCUGUUAGUUGGAUUGGCUUACGUGCUGCGAGACGUCCCACCCCACCCGUCCCUUCCUCAUGCUGUUUAUCAGGGGUCACAUCGUACACUGUGGGCUCUGGCUCUGAUCUGGAUCAUCUUGGCCUGUGAGGAAGGAUACGGAGGGUUUGUGGAUAAAAUUCUGUCUCUAGCACUGUGGGCUCCUCUGUCUAACAUCAGCUUUGCCUGUUACCUGAUACAUCCCAUCUUUAUUAUACUGUACAAUGGCAAACAGGAGACAGCCAUGCACUACACGGACCUCAACUUUUUUUACCUGUUUCUGGGUCACCUGCUCUUGACACUUUCUGUUGGUUUUGUGUUAACUGUGCUAAUUGAAAAGCCCUAUCUCUUCCUGAUGAAAUCAAAAUGAUUAGACCUGCGUAAAGGACUGAAGGUAGAAUUAAACACAUUUAUAUAUGUAUUUGUUUAUCUCGGGCACAUUUGAUCAUAUUCUGGAGGAAACAUGUAGAGCACUGUUUGUGAAUCAUGAUGUACAGUAUGUAAUUCAAGUUGUUUUAAAGAAUACCAUAAAACAAUGUUAGUGCAUGUCAAAACCUGUGACCUUUAAUGACCUGUGUCAUGUAACAGCAAAAGAGCAAUGAUGUCAUAUUUGACAAUCACUUGAUAACUGUUUGCAAGCCAAAAUAAUGACCAAACGUCACUAGAUGACCAUGUCUCAAUGACAAGUGAAUUAUUGAAUUGAAGUGAAUAAUUGAUAAUUCAAUGUGAAAGCUGUGAAUCAAUGAAUCAUGCUAAAACAGAGGGCUUUUCAACACUUUUUUAUUAUUACAGUACAAAUAGUCUCCGUCUAUAAGUUUGGAGGGUGUGGUUAGGUGUGAGGCAAACCACAAAACACAUAUGCAUCACAUCAGAGCAAUCAAUGUCAAGAGGACUAUUAACUAGAGAACGCAAUCACAUAACUUUGCAGCAAUUAAGUAAUUUUUAGUACAUACAACUAAUUUUUCCAUAAUGUUCCACAUGUCUAAAUUAUGUAUGAAGUACUAAGUUCAAAAGAAAAUGGUGGUGAAUUUAAUUGAAUUUAUGCAUUUUGGCAGCUUACAUGGCAUUGUACUAUACAUUUGUUUCUGACUACGUGCAAUUCCUUGGGAUCCAACCCAUGUCCUUGGCAAUGCUAAUGCCAUGCUCUAACCAUUGAGCCACAGGAAAGGAUAUACAUAGAUGGAUAUACAGUAAGAUAGUAGUAAGAUAUCUCUUUGGAAUAUAUAGGCUAAUAAUAAUACAUUCAGUAUACUAUAUCCUGUUUAAUAUAUAUCCUUGAAAUAUGAUUUAAAAAACAAAUACAUACAACAAAAAAUAAAAAUACAAUUUAUGUACAGUGCCAAAGGGUUAUUUAAAUCUUUCACCUAAACAAUAUACAAUUUUCACAAUAUUAUAAAGAAAACUAAAAGAACAUUUAAACAUUAUAAUUAUGAACUAACUGAAAUAAUAAAAAUGAUUACAACAACAACAUCUCAAAAAUAAGAAAAGUCAUGUAAAUGCAUGUAAAUAUAAUGAUAUGUAAAUGUAACAUGAAUGUGUUUAUGCUUAAUGUGUAAUACAUGUACGUCUGUGAGAUACUUUUUUAAUCAACCCUUUUUUAUUUGUUUAUUUUAUUUGGAGUUUUUAAAUUACUUCAAUCGUUUGAGAGAUUUAAAGGAAUCAUUUUAUUAUUUUAUACAAAAAAGAACAGGUGAUACCUCCGGGCUAUACAUUUUAUUUUUUCCCCACAAAAGAUGUUUUCAUAUUCUGUAGAAAGUUCAAAUAUAAGAUAUAUAAGUAUAAGUAUAACAAAUCAGCAUCUAA